AUGGAAUUUUAACGAUAAAAAACAUUCAAUUCACCGACAGCGGCAUUUAUGUAUGUCAAUCUGAAACAUCGGAACAGUUUCAACGGAGAAUUUCGAUUUCGGUUAGAGAUCCUUCAAAAAUCCUGUCGCUUUUAACCGGUCGUGAGCCAUCUUCAAAUAAGGAAAUCACCAUUCAAUCGACACAUUCCACUGCUUAUCCUGGCGAAAUUAUCGCUUUGGCUUGUUUCAAUUUAGUCACCACAAAUGCUUCAUACGCUUGGAGUAAGAAUGACACAUCAUCAUUACCAUCGCAUAUUAUUGUCAGAGGUGGGAUUCUCAUCAUACAAAACGCCAGCAUCGAAGAUACCGGUCACUAUGUUUGUGAGUCGACGUCGGACGAUGGAAAAACCAUUUCGCAUGGGGUCGACGUUAUUGUUGCGGCCGAUGAAUUUGGGGAAAUUACUGAAAUGGGAAGUGAUAAACGGGUAGUAUUCAGAACGAGUGGUGCAACUGAAGGUCAAGUCAAAAUUGAAGCGGUUUGGACUGAGACUCCAAUUUCAGUUCGGACUGAAUCUCAAACUGAAAUCCGAGGUAACCAAACCUCUGAAUUGCCUCCAUCGAGCACCGAAAUGUCAAUGAAAAUUACACCGGAAAUGUCUUCUUCGAUGCCAUUUAUUCUUUUGCCACCUUUGUUGACUAUUUCACCAAAUGCGCGGUUUUUGAAUCUUAGCGAAGGCGACCAAUUGAUGUUGAUUUGUUCAGCUGAGGGUAUUCCAUCACCAACUGUACAAUGGACGACACACAAUGGACAUCACAAUGUUAAGUCGGAAACCAGUAUUGUUGCGAUUGAAAUAUCAAAUAUCAGUGUUAAUGAAAGCGGAACAUAUAUUUGCACUGCAACGAACGAUGCCGGGACAGCACAAGAGUCCAUUCAAGUUUCGGUACAAUCGAAACAAACCGAAAUCGCAAAUUCAUAUGAAGAAACGGAGAAUUCGCGUUGUUUGAGCGGAGAAUUUGCGUGCAAAAAUGGCGAAUGUAUUGAGUUGAGCAGAGUGUGUGAUGGAUCGAGAGAUUGUUGGGAAGGCGAAGAUGAAGACGAUGUAGAUUUGUGCUCUAUGCAAAUUGAUAUUUAACACCAAAAAAUAAAAAAAAA